AUGUCUCCAGACGGGGGUGGAGUUGCGCGGGGUGGAGACGGGUGGAAAGGGGGUCUCCUGGGCUAUGCCGCUUUGGGUCGGCUGGCCGCCACCUGGGACCACCCGCGUACGUGUAUUGUACCCGCUCUCGGUGGUACCCCCUUGCGCGAUUCGCCGGUGGGACAGUCUGAGGGAAGGCCCCUGGAUACGCCGGAUUACGAUACGGCCUGGCCCCUCCCUUAUUCAACGUGCUUUGUCACUGCCACGAGAUGGCGCUUGUCUCGAUACGGUAAUUCAUUUACGCCUAGCCGGAUUGGACCAGAAACGGUUGAACGAGUUCAACCAGUAGCAGUUAACGGGAAUUAUAUUCCUCCGUUGAUCUGCAAUCCAUCGCAUCGCCAUAGGAUUGGAGUUUGGACGCAAUUGAGCUUCGAGUUUUGCAAAUACAUGCAGAUACAGACAGCGUCCGCCGGCAUCAUGGACUGGUAUCCAGCGCGGUUCUUCAAUUCCCCAACACCCCCGUCCUCACCAUUCGCUCUCCUCAUUCUCAACCAGCCAAUCAACGAAAAGGCCUGCAAGAUCCUCAAGAAGCAUGCAAGCUUUACAAUCUGCGCAGAUGGCGGCGCAAACCGCUUUUACACCCUCAUGCAGAGGUGGGAGAAGGAGUCUGUGGAGCUCCCCGACGCAAUAGUCGGCGACCUAGACUCCAUCAGCCCACACGUCCGCAUGUUCUAUGAAAGCCUACAUGUCCCCGUCAUCCACGAUCCGGACCAAGAGUACACAGACUUCACGAAAUGUCUACGUUAUAUACAAUCCCGUCGUGCUGCUGUUGCUGCUGCUGUUGUUGCUGCUGCUGCCGCUGCUACCAAGGAUACCCACAACAGCAGUCCAACAUCAUCAGCUCCAGCUCCAGCUCCAGCUCCAGCUCCAGCUCCGAGAACGGCAGAGACCCAUCCAGCAUUCGACGUGCUUAUCCUGGGCGGCCUGGGCGGCCGCGUCGACCAUGCCUUCUCGCAAAUCCACCACCUCUACACCUCCUCAAGACAUACACCCCCAUCACCAGCAACAUUCACAUAUACCCAUGGCGAACUAUACCUCGUCUCCGAAGAGAGCGUGACGUUCGUCCUGCCCCACGGAGACAACAGGAUACAUAUACCCGGCGGAUCACGCAUGGGGCCAUCGAAAUCGACGUGCACCACCACCACCACCACCCAUGAUACUGCAAGAGUAUCAGAUCCAGAGAGGGAUAUGCCAACGACAACACCUCUGGCUGAGAACAUCGGUAUCAUUCCCAUCGCCGGGCCGGCGGUUAUCACCACGCACGGUCUAGAGUGGGAUGUGACGGAGUGGAAAACGGAGUUUGGAGGGAGGGUCAGUACGAGCAACCAUGUGCGUGAGGAGGUUGUGACAGUUUCGUGUGAUGGGCCCGUGUUGUUUACGGUCGAGCUGGAAGCGCGGUUUGAAGGUGUGAUGGGGUGA